GCGAAAACCGCGUGAUCCCCAAACCGCCACUCUUAUUUCGAUCUGACUCUGUACGAUUUACUUCGGUGUUAGCUGAAAACUAUGGAAGAACCUCCUGCAGCUAAACGCGUCAAGCUAGAUGAAACCGACCAAAGCGUAUCAAGCGUCAGGGCUGUGACUCAAGCCGAGUCACUAGGGUCGAAUAAACAAGACGCCGACAUGGCGCGGGAAGUAUGGAUAUCGCUUAUCAUGGCUUGGAGUGGCCAAUUAGAAACGGUGGAAGUUGCUGAGUCCGAUCGGGUCUUGGACUUGAAGGAUAAGCUUUAUUCCAUAACUAACGUGCCUUCAGAACGCCAGAAGAUUAUUGGGUUAGUGAAAGGGAAGCUACCACCAGAUGAGCAUACUAUCCGCGAGCUCAAACUUGUUAGUGGCCGGAAGUUCACGUUGGUCGGGACGCCUAUUGGGCAGGAACUGAAAGAACGUCCGGAGGAUAUGCCGGACGUCAUGAACGAUUUGGAUAUUGAUGUGUCGGAAUAUCCGGAGCUCAUGCAAGCGUUCGCGAAUGAUCAGCGGAAUAUUCGGAAGAUAAAAGAAGCGGCCAAGGACUUAGAUGUUCACAUCAUGAACGAACCUCGUGAGGGGAAACGCCUUUUGGUUCUCGAUCUCGAUUAUACCCUGAUAGAUACCAAACCAUUAACGAGUGGCGCUUUGCCACCCAAGGAAUGCGCCCGUCCUGGACUGCAUGAAUUCUUAGAGGCGGUCUACCCUUACUAUGAUCUUGUGAUAUGGUCGCAAACUAGUUGGGUGUGGCUAGAAACGAAGCUGGUCGAGCUAGAAAUGGUCGGGUCAGAUAAGGAUUACAAGAUAGCAUUCGUCAUGGAUAAAAGACCAAUGUUCAAAGUUUUUACUAGACGUGAAGGCAAACCAUUCACGCAUUCCGUGAAAGCAUUGAAGAUCAUUUGGACCAAAUUCCCUCAAUGGUCUGCUUCGAACACUAUUCAUAUAGAUGACCUCUCGCGGAAUUUCGCGCUCAAUCCCGCGAGCGGCUUGAAAAUAUCCGCAUUCAACGAUUGCCACACAACACGAGGAGCAAGCGAUAGAGAAUUGUUUAAACUCUCGAAAUAUCUCGUGCACAUCGCUCAGACCGUUCCCGAUUUAAAGGAGGUGGAUCACAAGAAAUGGAAACACACAGUUCGCUCUAUACUCCCUCAAGAAUAACUAUCACCUGUGGGUUUUCGGAUAUUUGGAUGUUCCACUUUCACACUCUGCUUGUAGCAUUAUGUUUCAACGUAUACCCACUUCUUCCUUUCCCUUGCAUCGUCUGCUCCAUCUAAUCAUUGUACAAUCCUACGUCUCAAUUAAUCUGUGUACGAAGUGCCCACAGAGAACGGAACACAUCGAUGAGGAUCCACUAACCAUUGAGCUAAUAAGUACCCUCUAGUCCAAUCGCUCCACUCCAUACCGAUUUGAAGGUGCGGAGAGUAGAUGCAUCACUUGUACUCGCGAGAGGGUGAGACGUUUCGCAAAUAGGCCUGAGCAGUUGACUCGUCGAGUU